AUGGAUAGAACAAUUCAUCCCAGACCUAGACGACCAAUAGGAAGCAGCCAUGUGGAAGAUGAUGAUAGCAUCGACGAUGGGCCCGAUCAAGAUUCCGAUUUGAUUUUCCAUCCUGAUUGCAAGCACAAGCCUCAGGUGUUUUCUAAGAUCUCUAGUCUCAAGGACAUUGUCGGUCAGACCGUAAUGGAUAUCCUCGAGAAUAACACCUCCAACCGGUCUAGCUUGUUUGGGUGUAAUGAUCAGGGAAGUGUCGAGAAAUGUCCUUCUAUGGCCACCGUGGCUCCUUCGGCCGUUGUUGCUGCCACUGAUAUGACCCCUUCAACUCUUCAAGAUCUCAUCAGUAUAGACUCUGAGUUUAUGAACAUGCUCUUUGAUCCGUCUCUCAUCAACCUUCCAGUCUCCCGUUCUUCCUCUUCUUCUUCUUCAUCCUCAUCAUCGCCUGUUCCCUCAAUCCCUCGGUCUUUGGAGGUCAAACUUCCCGUUGAUCUUAGCUACAAUGAACUCGCCUACUUCGAAUACUACUGCAAGAAAAUUCUUCCCGAUCUUUCUAUUCUUCCGCAAGAAUUUAACUACUACUCUAAAAUAUACAUUCCUCUAGCUUUCAAAGAGAAGGCAGUUCUCUAUACCUUGGUUGGCUGGGGCUGCCGAAUGCGCAAGAACAGAAAUCUCAGCUAUCAGGUUCAAAACCCUGAAGCUGACGGCUAUAUGAAUUUAGUCAAUAGGAUCAUUCUUAAGAAUAAUUCUUUGCUCGAUAAGGAGAAAUUCAUCACCAACUUUGUCUGCUACAUGCUUUUCGUUUGCAUGGAAAUCUCAUACGGUGAUACUUUGCGCUGGUCGCAAUACUUUACUUGCUGCUUUAAGAUGAUCAACCGAAUGCCUGGUAAUUUCAAGUAUCUCCUCAAUGAAUGUUCCGUCGAAGGCACACUAUUGGCCGAGAAUUUCGCUUAUUUUGAUGUCUUGGCCUCUCAAUCUAAUGAAAACGGAACAUUUUUCCCAAUAGCUGAUUACAGAGAGCUUUUCUCGUUCAGCAGAAACAUUCACGAUCCUCUUCAGGGUUGUAUUCGUCCUGUAAUUUUGCUCAUUGGUGAGAUUGUCAGUCUUCUUGUCGAAUCAAGCGCUCUAAAUGUCAGUUUAGACCUUUCCGAGUGCGAUAAGUACGAGAUGGCUUCCAAAAUGAUGGAAAGGUCUUCGGAACUCGACAACGAAAUAAAGUUUGCUCGUCCCGACUUGACUUGUCUCCAAUAUCCAAAGUCACAUGAUGAAUUGGAGUAUCAUCUAACUCUUUUCGAGGUGUACCAGCUUUCUGCACAGAUUUACCUUCGAGAGGUGAUUCGAAAACUACCUCCAAUUGUUCCUGAAAUGGAGGUUUUGGGCUAUAAUCUACGUGAGGACCUGAAAAUCUUGGUCCAGUACAAGCAGCUUCAGAAGAGCCUUGCCUUUCCCAUGCUACUUUUAGGUACCAGCUCCACCGUCAAAAGCGAUCGUGAAGAUGUGAAGCGAAUGUUCGAGACGUUAAUUCAAAAUUGUGGUUACCUCAGUAGCUACCAGAAGCUCUGGAUAGUAGUUCAGAAGAUUUGGGAACUGAAUAAAGAUGGAUCAUUGUACGUGGAUUGGUUUAAGGUUACUGGGCAGUUUGGGUGGAGAUUAAAUCUAGGUCGUUAA